AUGGCUGCCUUCAUCUUCUCUCUCUUACCUCCAUUCAUCAUCAUCAUCAUCAUCCUUUACAAAACCUACAACCAACCAAAAAAGUCCAAACUACCCUCCGGCCAAAUGGGUCUCCCUUGGAUCGGUGAAACAAUCGGAUUUUACAGAGCUCAACGCAGGAAUCAACUGUUCAAUGACUUUUUCCAACCCAGAAUCAGAAAACAUGGCAAAGUGUUCAAAACAAGACUCAUGGGAUCACCAACAGUGGUGGUAACUGGAGCUUCAGCUAACAAGUUUUUCAUGUGGAAUGAGUUCAAAUUGGUGAUAAGUUCAUGGCCAACUUCUUCUGUUGAAUUAAUGGGAAAGAAUUCGAUCAUGGAGAAACAAGGGGAAUCGCAUCGAUGCCUUCGUGGAAUUAUUGCUUCCACACUUACCCCAUCCGGGCUUCAAGAAAUCGUGCCCAAAAUGUGUGAUUCCAUUCAGAAACAUUUACAGAAGAACUGGAAUCACCAGGACGAAAUCAGCCUACAUCGGUCAACGAAAAUGGUUACUUUCACUAUUGUUCUUGAAUGUUUAUUCGGAAUACGGAUUGAACCAGAAUUGAUGUUUCCGGUGUUUGAGAAGGUUCUAGAAGGUGUUUUGGCUGCUCCGGUGAACUUUCCGGGGACAAAAUUCUGGAGGGCUAAGAAGGCGAGAGGGGAGAUAGAGAAGGUGUUGGUUGAUGAGGUGAGAAGGAAGAGGGAAGCCAUGGAAGGUGGUCAAGAAGAAGAAGAAAGUGGCAUGCUACUUUCGAUGUUGGUGGCGGCUUUGAUCAGAAGUGAGAUUACAGAAGAGGAGGUGGUUGAUAAUGUCGUUUUGUUGGUGUUUGCAGCUCAUGAUACAACUUCUUAUGCUAUUUCCAUGACAUUCAAGAUGCUUAAUAAUCACCCCAAUUGCCAUUUUCGUCUCAUGGAAGAACAUGAAGAGAUUACUAGAACGAAAAAACCAGGUGAAAUCUUGAGCAUCGAAGAUGUGAAGAAAAUGGAGUACACAUGGCAAGUAGCUCGUGAGACCAUGCGAUUAUUCCCUCCCAUUUUCGGGUCCUUUAGAAAAGCGACAACUGAUAUCGAAUUUGAAGGGUUCACGAUUCCUAGAGGAUGGAAGGUGCUUUGGACGGCAUAUGGGACCCAUUAUAAUGAAGAGUAUUUCCCGGACCCGAUGCGGUUCGACCCGAGUAGAUUUGUGGAUCCGGUUCAAGCAUAUUCGUUUAUACCGUUUGGUGGUGGGCCCAGGCUGUGUGCGGGGUACCAGCUGGCAAAGUUGAAUAUUCUUGUGUUUGUUCAUUAUGUUGUAACACGAUAUAACUGGUCGCUAAUAUACCCUCAAGAGCCAAUAGUGAUGGACCCCCUCCCCUUCCCUUCUAAAGGGAUGCCUAUAAAAAUUUCUCCCAGAUCUCAUAACUAGGUUUUGUUAGUUUUCUUUACAAUCAGCUUUUGGAUUAUUGGACAUUGGUUGGGUAUUUAUUUA